AUGGAGGAAAAGAAUUUCAAAAUAACUUCAAUAUCAAAAUCUAAGCAAAGUGAUACUAUCUCAAAGUUAAGUAGUGAUACCGUUGAUCAAGUUGCUACUCAAGAACACCCUGCAAACAAAAGCAUCUUAUCAAGACACCAACAGCUUUCCAUCGUUGAAAAUUUUCUUAUCAUUUGGUUGGACUCGAACAUCGAUGAAUCCAAUGAAGUUUAUAAGCAUUCGAUUAUUCAACUUCGAUCCAUCGUUGACUCAAUUAAAAUAUUCACUGAUCCCAAUCAUUGUAUUGAUUAUCUUACUAAAAUUGAAAAUGUCAAAGUGUUUAUGAUUGUUUCGGAUAUUCUUAGUCAAAUAAUUGUUCCUCUUAUUGAAGAUAUACCUCAACUCCAUUCAAUUUAUGUAUUUUGCAACCAACAGACAAGUCAUACACAAUGCAAAAAAGUCAAAGGAGUCUUUGAUCAAAUUGAAUUUAUUUGUGAUGCACUCACACGAGAUAUUCAUCAGUCCAAGAUUGAUUUAACAUCAAUUAGUAUUGUUCCCCCUACUGUUUCUCCUAAUCUCGAUGAACUGGAUCAAUCAUUUAUGUAUUCACAAUUAAUCAAAGAAAUUAUUUUCGAGAUUAAGUACGAUGAAAAAGCAAAGGAAGAUUGUGUUCUUGUAUUCCGUACCCAUUAUCCUGGUAAUCAUAUCUACUCCAAUACAAUCGAUCAAUUUGAGAGAGAUUAUGAACUUCAUUCACCUAUUUGGUGGUAUACAAAGGAAUCAUUCGUCUAUUCACUUAUCAACAAAGCAUUGAGAACACAAGACACUGAAAUUAUUAUCAAAAUGGGAUUUUUUAUCAAAGAUCUUCAUCGACAAAUCGAACAACUGUAUUCAGAGAAUGAUCGAACGACGAAGAUAAUUGUUUAUCGUGGUCAAGGAAUGGUAAAUGUCGAUUUCGAGAAGAUGAUGACAAGCAAGGGUGGUCUUAUCUUCUUCAACAAUUUCUUGUCGACAAGUACCGCUCGUGAAGUUUCGUUUGCAUUCGCCGAAAGUGUUCGAGAUAAUCCUGAUUUGAUUGGAAUUUUAUUUAAAAUCGAAAUUGAUUCAUCAAUUUCUUCGGUUCCAUUUGCAUCAUUGAACAAUAUCAGCUAUUAUUCAGAUUUAGAAGAAGAGAUUUUAUUCUCAAUGCAUUCAAUAUUUCGAAUUGGUGAAACAGAACAAAUUGAAGAUCGUUUAUGGCAAAUUAAUCUUGUGUUAACCGAUGAUAAUGAUCAACAAUUGAAACGCCUGACUGACUACAUACGAGAUGAGAUUGGUGGUGGAAAUGGCUGGCAUCGAUUGGGAGUAUUGAUGAAUAAGAUGGGCAAAUUCGAAAAAGCACUAAAAAUCUAUAAUAUAAUACUCGAGACAAGAUCAAACGUCAAUAAUAAAGAGAUGAACGCAUGGCUUGCCAUUAUCUACAAUAAUAUUGCUACGGCGCAUGAUGCGAUGGGAAACUAUUCUAUUGCACUCUCUUACUAUGAGAAGACACUGGAAAUUCAGCUGAACAUUCUGCCACCCAAUCAUUCUAAGCUGGCGACAACAUAUAGCAACAUGGCUCAAGUGCUGAAUUCGAUGGGUAGUUAUACCACUGCACUCUCUUACCAUGAGAAGGCGCUUAAAAUUCAGCAGAAAUCUCUUUCACUUGAUCAUCCUGACCUAAUUCCGACGUACAACAACAUCGGGGAGCUGCAUAGAUCAAUGGGAGAUUACUCUGUUGCGCUCUCAUACUAUGAGAAAACACUCACAAUUCAGCAGAAAUUUCUUCCCCCUAAUCAUCCAUCAUUGGCAAUAACCUACAACAACACUGCUGUGACACUUAAUUUUAUGGGCGAAUACUUGGCUGCACUCUCUUAUUAUAAAAAAACACUUGAAAUCAAUCAGAAAACACUUCCAUCUGAUCAUCCUGAGUUAGUUGGCGUUCACAAUAAUAUUGGUGAAACCCAUCGAUCUAUGGGUGAUUUCUCAAGUGCACUCUUAUCAUACCAGAAGGCGCUUGACAUUCAGCAACUAUCUCUCCCACUUAAUCAGUCCAACUUGGCAACAAUAUUUAACAACAUUGGGGUAGUGUAUCACUUAAUGGGAGACAAUUCAAUUGCCCUAUCACAUCAUGAGAAAGCACUGGCAAUCCGGAAAAAGUCGCUUCCAUCUAAUCAUCCAUUAUUGGCAAUAACGUACAACAACAUUGGAAUCGUACAUCAAUCAAUCGAAGACUACUCAACUGCCCUGGUACACUAUGAGAAGGCUCUUGAAAUUCAGCAGAAAUCUCAUUCAUUUGAUCAUCCUGAGCUAACCGCAACAUACAACAACAUUUGUAUGGCCCAUAAAACAAUGGGCAAUUAUACCACUGCACUAUCAUACUUGGAGAAAACACUUGCAAUUCAACAGAAGUCUCUUCCAUCUAGUCAUCCAUCAUUAGCAACAACCUACAAUAACAUUGCUACGGUACAUGAAUUGAUGGGCGACUGCUCGACUGCACUCUCAUAUUAUGAGAAAUCCCUUGACAUUCGGCAGAAGUGUCUACCACCUAAUCAUUCACAGCUGGCUAGUAUUUAUAACAACUUAGGUGAGGUCUAUCGAUCAACGGGUAAUUUUUCGAAUGCACUCUCUUACUAUGAAAAAGCAUCCGAAAUACAGCAGAGAUCUCUUAAACCCGAUCAUCCAUCACUAGCUAUAACCUACAACAACAUUGCGGCAACACAUGAUUCAAUGGGAAACUAUUCGAUUGCACUAUCAUACUAUGCGAAGACACUUGAAAUUGAGCUGAAAUCCCUGUCACCUAAUCAUCUGGAAUUGACUACAACUUACAACAAUAUAGGCGAGAUAUCUCUUCCACCUGAUGAUAUUCAACUUGCUACAACCUACAGUAAUAUGGGUAUUGCUCGUGAUUCGCAGGAAGAUUAUCCGACUGCACUCACAUACUAUGAGAAGGCUCUUGAAAUUCAGCAAAAAUCACUGUCACCAAAUCAUCCAUCGUUGGUUACGAUCUACGCACUGGAACAUCUUGGUCGUUUUACAGAUGCUGUUGAACAUGCUGAGCGAGCAGUUGAAAUCGUUUCUCUUACAUUGGGUACGGAUCAUAUCGAAGUUAGUCAGAAUCAAGACUAUCUCGACAAACUCCGUGAAAAACUCUAAUUGUUGAUAUUUUUUAAUCAUACUAGCUGUGAUAUGGUACACAAAAAGCAACAAAGUAAAUGAAAUACAUUCACUCAUUCUAAAAAUAAAUGGUUUUUUACGAAACCUUUUUGCCAAUAAAAGGUUUCGUACAAAAUCCUCUAUAAAAGGGAGCACAGGUUCGGUUCAAUAGUUAUUAACAUAUCUAUUUUCUACGAUCAACUUCAUUCUAAAUAAUAUUCCAUUUGUCGAGAGAAGACAAGUAACGCUCGUCGUUUCUACUCCUUGAUUUUUAUGAUUUAUUUUCACAUAAUCACCUAUAAAGAUGAAAGUAUGAAUGAUCAGAGUUUUCGAUCAUACACGACUUCAAUUACCUUGUUGCAAGCGAAUAAAGAACAAGAUCGUUCGCUUAUCGAUCAUAUAUAUAAAAUAUGGGAUUUUCUCUUCUUUCUUUUUCUGAUCCGUUGACCUAUUUUAUGUUAUUUCUAAGUGGGAAAAAAGAAGAUAAUAUCAGCUUUCUUUCCCUUGCUCUUUUCUUGCUCUCAGCUAUAAAUAUUCGCGUUUUCUUCUUCAAUAAAUGGUGAUAAUAACUCAACUGAAAACACUAUCGUUUUUCGACCUUGGAUAAGAUUAUAACAAAAGCUCUGAUCAUCAUGAGGAUACAUGAAACUAAUACCUCAAGUAGCAGUCGAAAAUAUAUUAGAGAUAGCAAGCAUUGACUGCAACUUUAUGUUGCGGACAGUCAUUCUGUCAUAUGAUCACAAGUAGGCAUGCAACGGUUACGGUUAUUAACCGUUUAACCGUAACCGUAAAUAACCGUAACCGUAAUAACCGGUCGAACGGUUAACCGUAACCGUAAUAACCGGUCGAACGGUUAACCGUAACCGUAAUAACCGGUCGAACGGUUAACCGUAACCGUAAUAACCGGUCGAACGGUUAACCGUAACCGUAAAUAACCGCUUCAUAACAGCUUCGUGUACUGAUUGUAGAAAAAUAAAGAAUAAUUUAUUUGGAAAGAAAGAAUAGUAUAUACAAUCUUGUUUGGAUUCUUUGAGCGA